AUGGAUCCUCGCCCUUUGACCAUAUUUUCCACACUCGCGUUGAGCAUCGGCCAACCUGAACUUGAGGCCCACAAACCCUUUUCUGACCUCAUUGCCCCCCUGGGGACAUUUGAGAUGGGAUCACCAGAGGUGCAGAUCGAUUCUCGGUUUGCUGUGGAUAAGAAAGAUGUCAUAGUUUGCAAGACACGAUGGUCUGCGACAAUGGGAAACUCGCUAGAGCAGAUCUUGAGAGCGAACAAGAUUGAUACCGUGAUUAUUUCUGGGUUGAGUCUUUCUGGGGUGGUCAUGAGUACAGUCUAUCGACUGUUUGACCUGGACUUCCGAGUUUUUGUGAUCACGGAUAACGUGAUAGAGCUGCCUGUAGGGCAGACAGCCGGAUUUUCGAAAGUCAUAUGCGAGAUGCUACUUCCGAAAAUGAAUCUCAAGGCCAUCUCUCUCGACGAAGCUCUUUGGGCGUUAGAAUUAGCAAAGACUCGUUAG